UGUUGAUGACGUCACGUGUGUUGCCGUGGCGACAAUGAUAAUGCGUUUGUAAGAUGUCGCAAGACUCGGAAGUUUUGGAGCCCAUAAACAGACAUUGGUACAAAUCCCUGAAGUGCAGCAUUUGUUUGGAUUACUACAACAAUCCACACACGCUAAAAUGUGGUCAUAGCUUCUGCAUCAGAUGUCUUGGUCACCUGGCGAGGAAUGCCGGAGAGCACAACCCUGGUUUAAAUCCCAACCAAGUCAAGUUGCACUGCCCAACCUGCCGUCGUCCACUCAGCGCAAAGAACAUCAGAAAGCGACAGCUGACGGUCAACUAUUGCCUUCAGGAGUUCGUGGAAAACUGGCUCAGUGAACAGAGUGUGAUUAGAACCCAAACUGUCCAGGUUAGAUCGGUUGCGUCACAAAGUGCAGAUGAAGGCAGCGAAGAGGAAGGGGAUAAUGAAGAGGUGUCCCGAACGGAAUACGGAGAGGUUCCCGUGCGACAGCUGCUUCCUGUCAUGUCCAGCAGUGAGGUGGACACCAUAAACAACCAAGUAGAGCGACGACGCGUCAGGGCGACGUCAAGCUGUGGCAGCACGUCAGAGGAAUCCGACGCAAGCUUCACAACAACCCGAGACAAUCAACUUGAACAGCAACAGCAAAACGUGGUACAGAGUAUGCCCGUCUUUUCAUUUACAUCAAUUCUUAGACACAUCGCGAUGGACGUUUGUGGCGUCGUGUCCGACGUGGUCAGAUGUCCGAACAGGUCCGUUAUGGCGGUAGUGUGGAGCGGAUACACCUUUUCCAUCAUGCUGAUCUCCAGUGGGUUCUUCCCCUACAUGAUCCUGUACAGCGUCUUGUUCUUCCUCAUACUGUACGCCGAGUCCAUCGAACAGCGGCGGGUAGCACGAGAACGGCGGGCUCUGGCAGCGGAAGACUGAAUCACACCGACCGGUAUACCCGUGGCUUUCUGGUACAAUCGUGUAUGUCUAAAUUACUGACGUGUAGGCUUGUAACGAUGAUUUUUGUAGCACAUGAACUGUUAGGCUGUAGCACUACGUCCGAGCUGAUUUGGCUUUGUUGUUAAUAUGAUUCUUUAUUUGUUUUACGAGGAAUACAAACAGCCAUUGGCUACGACUUGUUCUUCUCACACUUUUGUUCUAAUCUCAAACAAAAUUCUUUACUGAAUGAUAAAAACUGAAACCUUAUUAAAACUGAUUUCGUCAUUCAUACUAACCUACCAUAAACUGCUACCGUUUUUCAGUUUGCCGGAAAGGUACCGUAAUCUGUAUUGUUUUACUGUAUGUAAAUGUCGAGAUCAACGUGAGGAUGUAGACGGUAAAGCACCUGGCUAAAUUUUGUUAAUAAAGGACAAACUUGUUCUCAAUAUCUAUCUUGAUGUGA